AUGAUCGUGGAGGGUGCAAAGACCUACCAGGGACUCUGCUUUCGAUCCUUUGGGCUGGACCUCCAGGAGUAUCAGCCUUGUACAUUCUGGGUCCGAGCACUGCCUUUGAACCCAGAUCGGGACGCCUGGAGCCUGCAGCUGUUAUCAGGGUUAGUCUGUGGGUGUGGAGGGCCAGGUCCAGCCUUGCUGCACCCCAAAACCCCAGCCAUGGAGGGUCUGCUGUACUGCUUGUUGCUGGGGCUGCUGGGACUGAACUCACUGGCCCUGGGCCUCCUCCCAGCGGAGGAGGAGAGCCCGGCCUUCUGGAACAAAAAAGCCACUCAGGCCCUGGACGCCGCCCAGAAGCUGCAGCCCAUCCAUACGGCCGCCAAGAACCUGAUCCUCUUCCUGGGGGAUGGGAUGGGGGUGACCACAGUGACAGCUGCCCGGAUCCUUAAGGGACAGUUGAGCAACCAACUGGGGCCUGAGUACGUGCUGGCCAUGGACAAGUUCCCAUACCUGGCUCUGUCCAAGACGUACAACGUGGACAGACAGGUGCCUGACAGUGCAGGCACAGCCACUGCCUACCUGUGUGGGGUCAAGGGCAGGUACAAGACCAUCGGCCUGAGCGCAGCGGCCGUGUUUAACCAGUGCAACUCAACGUGGGGCAACGAGGUCAACUCCGUGAUGUUCCGGGCCAAGCAGGCAGGGAAGUCCGUGGGUGUGGUGACUACCACCCGUGUGCAGCACGCCUCGCCCGCCGGCACCUAUGCACACACCGUGAACCGCGACUGGUACGGAGAUGCUGACAUGCCCCAGGAGGCCCUGCAUGCCGGCUGCAAGGACAUCGCCGCUCAGCUGGUCACCAACAUGGACAUCGAUGUGAUCCUGGGUGGAGGGCGCAAAUACAUGUUCCCCAAGGGGACCCCAGAUCCCGAGUACCCGAACGACCCCCGCAACAGUGGAACCAGGAAUGACGGACGGAAUCUGGUGGUAGAGUGGCUGGCCAAGUACAAGCGGAGUCAGUAUGUGUGGAACCGAACGGCGCUGCUGGAGGCCUCCCAGGACCCCGAUGUGACCCACAUCAUGGGCCUCUUUGACCCAGGGGACACUAAAUAUGAUACCUACCGAGAUAAUAUCACGGACCCGUCCCUGCGGGAGAUGGUGGAGGCUGCCCUGCGCUUGCUCAGCCGGAACCCCCGGGGCUUCUACCUCUUUGUGGAGGGGGGCCGCAUCGACCAAGCCCACCACAGUGGCAAAGCCCACCUGUCACUGACCGAGGCUGUCAUGUUUGACUCGGCCAUUGAGCGAGCGGGCCAGCUCACCAGUGAGAAGGACACACUGACCCUCGUCACCGCUGACCACUCCCACGUCUUCACGUUUGGUGGCUACACGUACCGUGGGGCAUCUAUCUUCGGGCUUGCCCCAUCCAAAGCUCUGGACGGCAAGGCCUACACCUCCAUCCUCUAUGGCAAUGGGCCCGGCUACCUGCUCUCGGAGACCUCCAGACCCGACGUCAAUGAGACCAUAAGCAGUGACCCUGAGUACCAGCAGCAGGCGGCUGUGCCCCUGGGGAGUGAGACCCACGGUGGGGAGGACGUGGCCGUGUUUGCUCGGGGCCCACAGGCCCACCUAGUGCACGGUGUGCAGGAGCAGAACUACGUGGCACAUGUCAUGGCCUUUGCCGCCUGCCUGGAGCCCUACACCCACUGCAACCUCAGGGACCCCACAGACUCUGCCACCAGGGGGCCCCUCGCCGGCCCCCCAUCCCUGACACUGCUGGUGGGGUCCUUGCUGCUGCUACUGCUGGCAUCAUCCUUGGUCUGA